AUGUAUGUUUGUAUCUAUCUAUCUAUCUAUCUCUAUUUCCAUCUGUCUGUAUCUAUCUAUCUAUCUAUCUAUCUAUAUCCAUUUAUUUCCAUCUGUCUGCAUCUAUCUAUCUCUUUCCAUCUGUCUAUAUGUCUGUCUGUCUGUAUCUAUCUAUCUAUCCUAGCCUGUUCUUAUCUAUCUAUCUGUCUGUAUCUAUCUAUCUCUAUUUCCAUCUGUCUGUAUCUAUCUAUCUCUAUUUCCAUCUGUCUGUAUCUAUCUAUCUAUCUAUCUAUCUAUAUCCAUUUAUUUCCAUCUGUCUGUAUCUAUCUAUCUCUAUUUCCAUCUGUCUGUAUCUAUCUAUCUCUAUUUCCAUCUGUCUGUAUCUAUCUAUCUAUCUAUAUCCAUUUAUUUCCAUCUGUCUGUCUGUAUCUAUCUAUCUAUCUUAGCCUGUUCUUAUCUAUCUAUCUAUCUGUAUCUAUCUAUCUCUAUUUCCAUCUGUCUGUAUCUAUCUAUCUAUAUCCAUUUAUUUCCAUCUUCUGUCUAGAGUUACCUAUCUCAAUUUGUUUCUUCAUUUUUUCUAUCUAUCUAUCUAUCUAUCUAUCUAAACUUAAACUUUUAAAUUUAAUUUCUACAUGCUGUGGCGACAAAUGCUGUGAUGACCUGGACCGAUUCUACAGACUCUGGUACUUCUGGUUGUGCGUUUUAUUACUACUUGUUAUUUGUUCUGGUGGAGGAUAUUGGAUAAGGAGAAGAUAUUUGGUGCAUCAGAUUUUCACAUCCGAAACUCAGCAGCAUCCAGUAAACAUUCCCCGGACACAGGUUGGCACAGGUUACCGGAGUCUGGCAGAGACCUCCCAAGUGGCACCACAGCCUCUUAUGAUUGACGCGCCACCACCCCCUUAUUCAAGCCUCUAUCUGAAUAACAACAUCAUGCCUGAGGUGUGUGCCGACAUCAAACCGCCGCCUUACUCGGAAACACUCCCAACAUAUGAGGAAAGCAUUGGCCAGCGCCCAGCUCCUCCUCUACAAUCAACACAGGUGCCACGAUGA